GCCACUUUCUUUGCUAGAAAAUCUUUCUCCAAUUCCCUGCCUCGCGCGUUUCUCGCGACCGCUUUCGAUCUCUCUUCCCUUUAAAAAAAGUUGAACAUGCAAUUAGUUGCGUCAGUUCUCACACUCUCUCUAACUUCUCAGCGAAAUGGGACACUACACCAUAUCAGGAAUACGUUUUCCUUGUGCUCCACUCUGCAAAUCUCAAUCUACCGGCUUCCAUGGUGAUCGAAGGACCUCCUCUUGCCUUUCCUUCAACUUCAAGAAGGCGGCGUUUUCUAGGAGGGUCUUCUCUGGAAAGUCAUCUCAUGAAUCUGACUCCUCAAAUGUAAUGGUCACUGCGUCUAAAAGAGUCCUUCCUGAUGGUCGGAUUGAAUGCUAUUCUUCUUCAACAGAUCAAUUGGAAGCCCCUGGCACAGUUUCAGAAGAAUCCCAGGUGCUUACUGAUGUUGAGAGUCUCAUUAUGGAUGAUAAGAUUGUUGAAGAUGAAGUAAAUAAAGAAUCUGUUCCAAUGCGGGAGACAGUUAGCAUCAGAAAAAUUGGAUCUAAACCAAGGUCCAUUCCUCCACCCGGCAGAGGGCAAAGAAUAUAUGACAUAGAUCCAAGCUUGACAGGCUUUCGUCAACACCUAGAUUACCGGUAUUCACAGUACAAAAGACUCCGAGAAGAAAUUGACAAGUAUGAAGGUAGUCUGGAUGCAUUUUCUCGUGGCUAUGAAAAGUUUGGUUUCUCACGCAGUGAAACAGGAAUAACUUAUAGAGAGUGGGCACCAGGAGCUACGUGGGCUGCAUUGAUUGGAGAUUUCAAUAACUGGAAUCCUAAUGCAGAUGUCAUGACUCAGAAUGAGUGUGGCGUCUGGGAGAUCUUUUUGCCGAAUAAUGCAGAUGGUUCACCACCAAUUCCCCAUGGUUCUCGAGUAAAGAUACGCAUGGAUACUCCAUCUGGCAACAAAGAUUCUAUUCCUGCUUGGAUCAAGUUCUCAGUUCAAGCACCAGGUGAACUCCCAUAUAAUGGCAUAUACUAUGAUCCUCCCGAGGAGGAGAAGUAUGUGUUCAAAAAUCCUCAGCCAAAGAGACCAAAAUCACUUCGGAUUUAUGAGUCGCACGUUGGAAUGAGUAGUACGGAGCCAGUAAUUAACACAUAUGCCAACUUUAGAGAUGAUGUGCUUCCUCGCAUCAAAAAGCUUGGCUACAAUGCUGUUCAGCUCAUGGCUAUUCAAGAGCAUUCAUAUUAUGCUAGUUUUGGGUAUCACGUCACAAACUUUUAUGCAGCUAGCAGCCGAUUUGGAACUCCUGAUGAUUUAAAGUCUCUAAUAGAUAAAGCUCACGAGUUAGGUCUUCUUGUUCUCAUGGAUAUUGUUCAUAGCCAUGCAUCAACUAAUACGUUGGAUGGGCUGAAUAUGUUUGAUGGUACGGAUGGUCACUACUUUCACUCUGGACCACGGGGUCAUCAUUGGAUGUGGGACUCUCGCCUUUUCAACUAUGGGAGCUGGGAGGUUCUAAGGUUUCUUCUUUCAAAUGCAAGGUGGUGGUUGGAUGAGUACAAGUUUGAUGGGUUCAGAUUUGAUGGGGUGACUUCAAUGAUGUACACCCAUCAUGGAUUGCAGGUAGAUUUUACCGGCAACUACAAUGAAUACUUUGGAUAUGCAACUGAUGUAGAUGCUGUGGUUUAUUUGAUGCUGUUGAAUGAUAUGAUUCAUGGUCUCUUCCCAGAGGCUGUCACCAUUGGUGAAGAUGUUAGUGGAAUGCCAACAGUUUGCAUUCCGGUUGAAGAUGGUGGUGUUGGCUUUGAUUAUCGUCUCCACAUGGCUGUUGCUGAUAAAUGGGUUGAGAUUAUUCAGAAGAGAGAUGAAGAUUGGAAAAUGGGUGACAUUGUACAUAUGCUGACCAACAGGCGGUGGUUGGAAAAGUGUGUUUCUUAUGCUGAAAGUCAUGACCAGGCCCUUGUUGGUGACAAAACUAUUGCAUUUUGGCUGAUGGACAAGGAUAUGUAUGACUUCAUGGCUCUUGACAGACCAUCUACUCCUCUCAUAGAUCGUGGAGUAGCAUUGCACAAAAUGAUCAGGCUUAUUACCAUGGGAUUAGGCGGAGAAGGAUAUUUGAAUUUUAUGGGAAAUGAAUUUGGACACCCCGAGUGGAUUGAUUUUCCAAGAGGUGAUCUACAUCUUCCCAGUGGUAAAUUUGUUCCUGGGAACAAUUACAGUUAUGAUAAAUGCCGGCGUAGGUUUGAUCUAGGCAAUUCAAAGCGUCUGAGAUAUCAUGGAAUGCAAGAGUUUGAUCAAGCAAUUCAGCAUCUUGAAGAAGCCUAUGGUUUCAUGACUUCUGAGCACCAAUACAUAUCACGGAAGGAUGAAAGGGAUCGGAUCAUUGUCUUCGAGAGGGGAAACCUCGUUUUUGUAUUCAAUUUUCAUUGGACUAGCAGCUAUUCGGAUUACCGAGUUGGCUGCUUAAAGCCAGGAAAGUACAAGAUAGUCUUGGAUUCAGAUGAUCCUUUGUUUGGAGGCUUUGGCAGGCUUAGUCAUGAUGCAGAGCACUUCAGCUUUGAAGGGUGGUACGAUAACCGGCCUCGAUCCUUCAUGGUGUACACACCAUGUAGAACAGCAGUGGUCUAUGCUUUAGUGGAGGAUGAAGUGGAGAAUGAAGUGGAACCUGUCGCCGGUUAAGAUAUAUCUUAGCAACAGGUUCUGAAGCAGGAAUGCCAUUAUUGAUCUUCCUAUGUGCAUCUGCGUUGAACGAAAUAUAUUGAGCCUAUAAUUUGAUGUCACGGUCCUUGCAGAUUUCCAUCCUGGUUCUUGGUAUUUUGUUGUCAUGAUAAACAUAAUCAAAGACCAAUAGGAAACGCAGGGUUACAUGCUAGCUUCCAUCAUCAUAGGGAGCUCAGACCUCCUAAACCAUAAAUCUUCAAGUUGCCUGCGUUCGGUAGUAUGUUAUGUGGUACUUUGCAAUCUUAAAUUAUCAUGAUCGCUGUGGAUGCUAACUAUGACAAUUUUGUAUAUAUGCCAACGAGGAUUUUAAGUUUUA